AUCCUUGCUGUUGUGCUGCCCAACUCUGGCUUUCCUGUGCACAAAAGACCAAAAGAAACAUGAAGUUUUGCCCAAAAACUAUCAGUUUGUUGCAGACCAUCUCUGAACUAUUUUGUUUGAUACUACAAUGACAUCUGUGAAUUUCGUCAGGGAGAAAAAAACGCAACGGCACUUUGGAGAAGAUCCCUUUUCAUCUUCACUUUUUUGGAUGGAUUUGAGAAGAGUUUACUCUUUACUGCCAUGUAAAGCAAAGUGGUGCUGCUCUCUUAUAUGUAUAUAUAUAAGGUAGUGUAUCUCCUUACCCCGUAGUCCAUUCCACUCCACCACCAUUUCAGCAACACAGCCAAAGCAGCAGCUCAGCUCAGCUGUGUUUCCAGCGCUCACUAGCUAGCCAGCUGCUGCGCCACGCCAUGGCUCCUCUGCUGUUCAGGGACAUGAAGGGGCUCUCGUGCUCGUCUCAGGCGUCCACGGCGAUAUGCCCGAGCCUGGAGCGGCAGCCGAUGGUCCGGUCACACAAGGCCAUUGCUAGUCCCAGUCCCAGUCCCAGCCCCCUGGCUCAUGCUCCUGCCGAGCCCAGGACGCACCGGCACGAUGGCAAGAAAGGGCAGCAGCAGCAGCACAAGGCUGUGGUCGUCCCCAACAUCACCGGUGGCCUCGUCAGCCCGGCCGGCUCGUCCAGGUACUUGCUGAGCAGCGGCCGCUUCGCCGCCACCGUCACCGAGGAGAUCCAGGAGGUGGUGGAGUCUGCCCCGGCCCCGGCCCCGGCCGUCGAUGCCAAGCGGGAGGAGGCAAGUGAAGCUGCUGAGGCGAAGAGCGGCGCGCAGGCGCAGGAGCAGGUGGUUGUGCUCAAGGUAUCCCUGCACUGCAAAGCAUGCGCCGGGAAAGUGAAGAAGCACCUCUCCAAGAUGGAAGGCGUGACGUCGUUCAACAUCGACUUCGCGGCGAAGAAGGUGACGGUGGUCGGCGACGUGACGCCGCUGGGCGUGCUCAACAGCGUGUCCAAGGUGAAGAACGCCCAGCUCUGGGCGGCGCCGCCGGCGAUAGCCGCCUGAAGGGAAGACGAGGAGGGAAGUGAGGCCCGAAAACCAAAGCCUAGGAUCCGUUCUGGUUGGCUAUGGCUGCGCAGCUGGAGCUGGAGAGGUGCACGUACGCACCACGGCACCCGUGACGCGUGUGGGGCACUGGCGGCCACGGCCGGCCAGAGCACGCUGGGCCAGCGCGAGACUGUGAGCCUGCGCUGGGUGUGUCUCCUCGACCAGAAUGCGUCCACCGUGUGUCCGUGUCAUGGCACUUGAAUGCGGCUUUGGUUUUUUCCUGUGGUCGGCUUGUGACCCUCUCCUCUACUUGUUUGCUGUGGUUGGCGCCAUGCGAGGUGAAUGCGAUCUUGCUUGGUGCUUCCGUGCUUCCGUCUGUUUCUGUUAUGAAUGGAUGACUCUGCUUUUUUGCUCAGUGCUGUAAGCCUGUAAUUAAUAUAAGAAUUGGAAGAGUGGUGUGCCUGCAAACU